UGCCUACCUCUCUCUCUCUCUCUCUCUCUCUCUCUGUGUCUUAAUUUUGAAGGAAAGUGAACACACACUGAGAUAAACUAUUGCAAGAUCCACUGGUUUCUCGAGGCUUUACUCUGGGCAUGGGUUCCAUGAACAGCCCAAAUCCCUGGUCCCCUUACGAUCCAUACAAAGGCUGCUCUCAAGGAAUUUGCAGCAUAUAUUGCCCGCAAUGGUGCUACAUCAUUUUCCCUCCUCCCCCUCCUUUCGGCCUCGAAGAUUCUGAUGAUCAUCACUCAACCCUCCAAUUCUCCCCUCUCAUAGUAGCCGUCAUAGGCAUCCUGGCAAGCGCCUUCGUCUUGGUCUGCUAUUUCACCGUCAUCUCAAAAUACCGCCGCCGAAGAAGCAGCAGCAGCAGCAGCGACACGGCCAUGGAGCUCAACCAAAAUCGCCAUCUCAUGGAUAACGAAUCCCUGCAGGCAUCCUCAAGAGGAUUGGAUGACGCCCUUAUCAAGUCCAUCAAAGUUUGCAAGUACAAGAAAGGCGAGGGGCUCGUUGAAGGCACCGACUGCUCUGUUUGUUUAUGCGAAUUUCAAGAAAACGACAGCCUCAGGCUGCUGCCCAAAUGCAGCCACGCUUUCCAUCUCCCUUGCAUUGAUACUUGGUUGAAAUCUCAAUCCAGCUGCCCUCUAUGCCGCUCCAAUAUUUCCUUGCCUCCCCAGCCAUCUCCUAUCCAAGAAACUCCUCAUCAGACACCUGCGCUGCAAUACCAGCAGGGGAGUCAUGAUGCUAUUGUCGAGGUGCAAGAAUCAUCAGAAGAAGAGGCUGUUGUGAGCAAUAUUGAAACUGAUGCGCAUAUUCCAAAAGCUUCUGAAACGACAAGUGACAACGUUGUUGAAAUCAGACAAGAAGGAGCUGAGCCGAUUAGGAGGUGUUUUUCUAUGAAUUAUUCUGCUUCACGCACGAGCAAAAACGAUGGUGAUCAGUGUCAGAUAUUGGAGAUCCUGGAUGUUGGAUUUGAGGGAAAUGAUUGCAAUGCAAAUAACAGAAGCGGAUUCAAGCGUGCUCCUGGAAUGAAGAGGUCGAUUUCCACAGGGGGAUUCAUGUUCUCAAGGUAUGAUGGAAAAGGAAAUAAUUCUGUAAAUCCUAUCUGAAUUGUAAUUUUUUUUUUUCUUUUUUAAGAUGUAUAAUCCCCACAGUUUUUUUCCUUUAUUCUGUAACAUAUUAGAUAAAUACCAAAAGAAGAUCCUUGAUAUCAUUUGACAAACAACAUAAAACUUUCACUUUAAGGUUGUUACUUCUUACCUUAAAAGUGAAUUGGUUGAAUCUGUAGUCUAUUUUUGCAUG